AUGAAUUUUAAAUCAGUUAUUUUAUUAUUAUCAUUUUUGUAUUUUAUAUCAAUAGUUGGUUGUUUAAAAACUGAAGAUAUUAAUUAUUAUCAAGAUGGUGAAAAACUAGUGUUUCAAAUAAAUCCUAACUCUGGAUUUAAUGGUAACAAUUUGGUAAUUUCUGAAUUUCCAUCAAUUGCAUCAAAAGGAAAUUUUAACCAAUCAAAACAACUUUUAAAUAUGCCAUUUUUUAAUUUAGACAACGGUUCAGUUUCAUACAACUUAACACUCCUUAAAUUAUCACCAAAUUCAUUACCAUAUAAAGCAUAUUUAUCACCUUUUAUUGGUGAUGGAUAUAAUUAUACACUCUAUUUUAAUUUAUUUGAAAAAACAAAUUAUUGUUCAAAAGCAAAUUUCAAGAAUUCAGAAGAAUAUACUUAUCAAUCAUGUAUUAAUGGUGGAAAAAAUAAUGAUUCUUUUUCUCAAGCUGGUGAUCUAUUUGAAGCAUCAUAUGAUAUUUCCCAAGUUGAUUUAGUUAGAAUUAACUAUAAAGCAACUCAAUUUAACUAUGGUUGUUCUAGAAAUACUUGGUUUAAUAUUUAUUGUGAUAAAAAUCAAGAUUUCAAAUUACUUGGUAUGGGUGCUAAUUAUUGUAAUUACGAGGUUAAUAUUUUAUCAUCUCAUGCUUGUCCAGUGUACUCAUCUAUUCCUUAUAACAAAAUUGGUGAUAGUACCUAUGAACUUAAUGUUGGUCCACUCUAUAAUCAUACUGCUCUAUUUUACUAUAUCAAUGGUUCUAUGAUUAAAUUCGAUCUUAACUCCACUUCCCAAUACACACCAUCUCCAACACCAUCUGAGACACCAUCUCUAACACCAUCUGAGACACCAUCUCCAACACCAUCUGAGACUCCAUCCGAGACACCAUCUGAGACACCAUCUCCAACACCAUCCGAGACACCAUCUCCAACACCAUCUGAGACUCCAUCUCUUACACCAUCUGAGACACCAUCUCCAACACCAUCUGAGACUCCAUCUCUUACACCAUCUGAGACUCCAUCUCUUACACCAUCUGAGACACCAACUCCAACACCAUCCGAGACACCAUCUCCAACACCAUCCGAGACACCAUCUCUAACACCAUCUGAGACUCCAUCUCUUACACCAACCUCAACACCAGUACCAAGUCCAAAGGUUUAUUGUAGAUCCAAUCGUUUUGGAAUUACAAUUAAUAGUACUGAAACAGUUUCAUGUAGAGGAUUUGGAAAAACAAAAUGUAUAACUAAAUUGGGAAGUGAGUGUAGCACUGAUAAUCUAGAUGGAGAAAUAGUUUGUACUUCUAAAUCAUUACAAUGUUUUGGUACCAACAUUCAAUGCAUUUCAGGUGAUGUUUAUUGCUCAAUUGAUUUCUAA